GAGCAGAAAGUAGUCGGAUUGUGCCUUGCGUAAGCUAUUGAAUCGUGGUUGCGAAGUUGGGUUAGGGCAUGGCAAUGGCGAACUUGAGGGCGGCAUUGUUGUGGAUUGUUGCGUGUUUGGCGAUUGCAGCUGUUGUUGAUGGAAAAGUUGAGAAAGAAGUGACGGAGCUUCAGAUUGGGGUGAAAUUUAAACCCAAGAGCUGCGAGUUGAAGGCGCAUAAGGGCGACUCCGUUAGUGUGCAUUACCGCGGCACGCUCACCGAUGGGACAUUGUUCGAUGAGAGUUAUGGUAGAGGCCAGCCACUUGAUUUCAAGCUAGGGCAGGGGUCCGUUAUUAAGGGCUGGGAUCAGGGCAUUCUCGGAAUGUGUGUUGGGGAGAAGCGGAAGUUGAAGAUUCCGGCCAAGCUUGGCUAUGGCGCUCAAGGUGCCCCGCCCAAGAUCCCAGGUGGUGCAACGCUGAUCUUCGAGACUGAACUUAUGUCUGUGAAUGGCAGAACUGGGACCGGCCCCGAGGAUGUUGUGGAUCCCCCAAUGGAUCUGUCUGUCGACGAUGAGGAGUUUGGAACCGAUGAUGACGAGGAAUUGUAGAUGAGAUUUGCCUUCUUCGCAGGGAUUCGGGCGCCAUUUGUAUGGAGCAACUUGAUGUGUCGCUUGAUCCAUUUCAUGCAGUUUAGUCAUGCUGGAUCAUGCCCCACUUUAGCGAUCAGUUUCUGUAGAUGCUUGUGGCGUUGGGACUUUGAACAGGCAGUCUGCGGUUAGGUCGCCGUCUUAAGUUCUUAUUCAACAGGCCAAACUGCGAUAAAGUUGCAGUUUAAUCCUUUCAGUUGUUUUCCAACCUCGUAUGUAUUUAAAAAAACAGAAAGUAAUGUGCGGAAGAGUCGUUGACUACCCUUUUUGAGCGCUCAUCGCGCACCGGAGUGACCUAAUUGUCA